AAAUUUUCUUAUCUAUUCCUAUCUAUUAGUUUGGCUGCAGUUUCCACUUUAUAUUUUGUCGAACAUAAUAAGAAACAACAAAGUCUAAAAUAUCUAGAUAGCAUACAGCUCUUAAAUAAUGGUCACCUAUAUGGCCAUGAAGGUUUAACGUUAACGGAACAGGAACACAAUUUCAUCAAUAUGUUAAAAUCGGCCAGAAAUCAUACUCAUUGGCCGUCAUUUGCAUAUCAAUCUCCCAUUGCUGUAGGCGGAGGAGCGCUGGGAGCAGGUGUGACAAGAUCUCAAAGCCGAAAUCAAACCGAAUAUCAACGAGCAGACUAUAGAUAUUUGGGUACACCGGAAGAUAUAACUAAUCCCUCUUCGGCUCAACAAUUAAGAAAUGAUGAAAUAACAGUAGUCAUGGAAAAACCUUCGGUUAGUCAUGAACUUUUGCAAGUCUACAAUGAGCCUCAGAGGGCCACUGCUGCACCUACGUUGGCGCGAAAUAAUAAGACUUCGAUAAGUAAGCAUAAAAACAAAUGGCCACAACCGCAAAUAGUUUUAAGAGUAAUGCAAUCAGCUACGCAUCGUAACGCUUUACCAUCGACCCGUUCACUUAACUUAAAUGGACAAGCAAAUGAAGAGACGCCGCAGAAUGUUUCACACAAUGCAAGCGAAACUUCAACCGAGAAAAUUGCCGAUGUUCAACAAGAUUUCGAAAAUAAUUCAAUUGACACUGACUCACACCAACAACAACAAGUCAACAAUCGUGUAAAGUUAGCCCCGGCCAAAAUACGUACACCAGCAGCCAAGGUUCCCACUCAUAGUGAAAUACAAAAGUUAAAUGUAGACCUACCCAUAGUCAGCACAUCGAGCAGUAAUAUUAUAGAUGAAACGGGACUUGUCAUAGAAAAUUCCGCCACCCAAUCGAAUCUUUUACGACACACCAAUCCCAAGGGAGGUGAGCUGAUUAUUUACAAAACUGUCUCACCGCCUACAGCCACUACUAGCACCACAAGUAGUCGCAGCAUUACGAAUAAAGUCAAUACUGAUGCUCCUCAUACAAAUAACUCGCUGGAGAAUCAGUCUAUAACAAAUAAAAGUCGCAAUUUUGUGGAUCGUACUACCGAUAAUUCGGAUCUAUUGCAACAGCUUUCCAAUGAUAACAAUGAAUCGAUCUAUAGUGCCACCGAUAUAAUUGGCAAUCCGGAGAAUUUUAUUUUAGGUUUAGAUGAUCGUCAAUCGCUUUUGGGACGUCGUACUUCAUCACCAUCGUCAGCUGGGAGUACGGGUCAUCAGCAAGAGAUUGCAAAUGUAUGGGUACAAAAUUCAAUAGCUUAUGUCAAUACCUUUGGCGAACCCGAACAAUGUAAUAGCAAAACAAAACGUGAGGAUAUAUCUAACUGUCAGUCCGUUUGUUUCGAAGAAAACAAUCAACUCUUGGCCCCAAAUCAAUCAAAUUUAAACUUAAGACCUUCGGAAGCCAAAAAGAUUAAACCGUCUCUACAGCAAGAGGAAAUCGAUAAUGAAAAUCACAGUGAAUCUGAAGAUAAUGAUGCAAUAAUAAAUGAUACCGACGAUGACUUACAGUCGACCUACAACGGUAAUGUUAAAAAUAAAGAAACUCUUGAUGGCUCCACAUUAACGGCCUCAUUGCCGCAAGGAAGAACAACACAUAAUAAACAAACUCCCUUAAAACAACUAGCUACUGAGGGAGAACGUCCGGAUGAUGCUGAAAAUUUAGAUGUUCUAUUGGAGCAUACCUUCUCCGAUGAAACUGUUGAUGAGGAAACGAAAAAAAUUAAAAAGGAUAAAAUCGAGGUUGGCGUAGUGCAACCUAAAUUGUCUGUAGAUCCAGAUCUACCACCUGAUGAAACAGAUUGUUGGAAAAUACGCAGUUGUAUAUGGGCGGAACGUUUAAAUAAUACUUUUGCCACAGAUGAUUUUUGUCCUAAAUUGGGUAAAUCUGUGAAUAAGACAUUUGUCAUACCGCUAUCACGUUUCUUUAAGGAACAAAGUAUUGAAUUACAUUUAACAUCUUCUUUACCUUUACAAUGGGUCCUCUGCAAUUUACAUGAACAUUCACAACAUGUUUUACAACGUAGACGUAACACCUCAUUACUUCUACUUAAUGUCCCUAGUCGGGGCUAUUUUGUUAAAGAUUUAAUAUUACGUGCCACCAAUGAUCCAGAAAAGAACUGA